CAUUGAGCUCUCUUCCUGUUUGGUGUUGCCUAGUUGUAAGAAGCAUGUUGGUCAUGAAGUACUCUGGGUGGAGAAGCAGACAGACGGCUCAUCUACACUUUCUGACAGCACAGUGACAGAGGAUUGUUGGUAAGAGAGCUGACUGCUGUUUUAAACUGUGUGUCACUGCUGUGACUCACUGUAAGCCGGCCAAACAAGCUGACAUUGCACUUAUGAAUCCCAAGUGGAGCCACUGGGCCGGAGAGACUGCAGGAUGUUGCCAGUGAAAUCUAGAGACUAGUUAAAAAUAACAUUUCUUUUUGAGGGAUCACAGCAUCAGCAGACCCGCAGCAUGGCACCGUCAGAGGACAGUGUUGGUGCCUGGAGCUGUAAGCAGGUAGCCCAGUGGCUGCAGGGGGAAGGUUUUGAGCAGUAUGUGGAGUUAUUGUGCACACAGCACCGCCUGGACGGCCCCAGCCUGCUGGCUCUGACUGAGGCCGACCUGCGGGGUCCUCCCCUGGGCCUCACUGUGCUGGGAGACAUCAAAAGGCUCACUAUAGCCCUCCGCAGGCUUCAGAGACAAAACCAGGCCCAAGUGGAGGAGCUGGGACUCCAGCCUUCAGACAGCCUUCCUGCUGGGCUCUCGCUGGGUGCUGCAGGGGCUGAGUGGAGCUGUGACGGAGCUGACAGGAGGUUUAAUGGAGGGGAUCGCUUGUGUAACGGGACUGAACUGAGGCUGCGGACCAAUGACAGAUCUGGAUAUGGCUCAGGAGCAGCCGUGUGUCACACUCACUCCAAUGGGAGGUGUAGGCAGCACUUGGCUGGCAGAUUGGACCCAGAGGUGUGGAAGACAGUCAUCAGCUCCAUAUAUGUGUUUUUUGUGUUUGGAUUCACAUCUUUUGUCAUGGUCAUCGUACAUGAGCGUGUCCCGGACAUGAGGACAUACCCACCGCUGCCUGACAUAUUCCUAGACAGUGUGCCCAGAAUCCCUUGGGCUUUUGCAAUGGCUGAAGCAUGUGGCCUCAUCCUGUGUUACAUGUUUCUGUUGAUCUUGCUCCUUCACAAACACAGGUCCAUCCUCUUCAGGAGGCUGUGUUCUUUGAUGGGAACAGUGUUUUUGCUCCGUUGCUGCACCAUGUUUGUCACCUCGCUCUCUGUUCCUGGGCAGCACCUGAAAUGUGCCAGUAAGACAUAUGGCGAUAGCUGGGGAAAGAUACAGAGGGCACUAGCAAUCUGGAGUGGAUUUGGGAUGACUCUGACAGGCGUCCAGACCUGUGGAGACUACAUGUUCAGUGGACACACAGUUGUCAUCACAUUGCUCAACUUCUUUGUGACUGAAUACACUCCACGUACCUGGAAUCUCAUUCACACCAUCUCCUGGGUGUUAAACCUGUUUGGGAUUUUCUUCAUCCUGGCGGCUCACGAGCACUACUCCAUUGAUGUGUUCAUCGCUUUCUACAUCACCACCCGCCUCUUCCUCUACUAUCACACCUUAGCCAACACCCGUGCCUACCAGCACAGCCGCCGGGCACGCAUUUGGUUCCCCAUGUUCUCCUUCUUUGAGUGCAACGUGAACGGGCCCGUGCCCAACCAGUAUCACUGGCCCUUCAACAAACCUGCCUUCAUGAAAACUCUGAUUGGAUAAAGGAUUUUCAAAGAUGAGCAGCUGCAAUGUGCAUGGACUGUGUUAUUAAUGCCUCAACGACAAACUUUUAAUUUAUUACGUGGAAGUUUUUCCCAUCAUUUGUAAAAAAAACAACAAAAAAACGGAUGAGUUUUGUUUGUCAUGUUUCAAGGAAUAGUUGGACAGCUUUACUUUUGUUCAUGCAGAGUUUCAUGACAGCAGUACUCUCAUGUCUGUAUUGUGAGAAUGAAAGUAUUGACAGCUCGUUAGCGUAGCUUAGCACAAAGACUGGAACCAGGGAGAUACAGCUAUUGUGGCUCUGAUGGAAGAUACAAAAUCCACCCACAGUACCAGCAGUUCUAUACUAAUGAGAGAAACUUAACCUAAUGGUGAUGACAACAAGACUGCAGGAAAUCUCCCACUCAAGUAAUAUUCCAGCACAUAAUUCCCUGCAUCACUUUACACUUGCAAAUUAAGUAGCUCCAGAGGUGCUGAUAGAUUUGUUUCUUUUGAUUUUGGACAAAAUCAGACUAGAUGCUUUCCAAGCGCCAUGCUAAGCUAGGCUAACAAGCUGCUAGUUGUCACUUCAUGUUUAGCACAUUCAUAUCAGGAAGUAUAUACUUCCCAAAAUAUCAAACAGUUUCUUUAAAUUGAAUUGCACACUGCCAAGAAGCUGCAGGUACAGAUGUUUUCUUGUAGAUUUAUUUGCCUUUAAAUAAUCACUUUUAUCAUUCUUAGCUUCCACUUAUGGGGAUGUUUACGGUUCAUUGGUGGUUUAGGGUUUUUCACUAAAUGACUCAGGCUUCUCACGGCUGUAAUCCAGGUCGAUACUGUCAGCUGAUGACAGUUCACGCAGUUGUUUUGCUGCAAUAAGAUCUGAAACCUGUUUGGUGACAGAUACCAAAGAAAGAACUAUUUGUUUUGAUGUGCAACAGGAGAAAAAAAACACUUCCUGCUCUCUCUCGCUCUCUCUUAGAAAAACAGUUAUUCUUUCAUAUCACGUAGGCUAAAGGGAACUUUUAUUUGAUAAUGUUACCUUUUGGAUAGUACAGACAUACAUCCAUAGUUACUCAAACAAAUAUUGCUCUUCCAGAUAUAUGAACAUUUGUUGUUAUGUUCAGCUUUGCCAAGUAUAACAAAAAAACCCUGAAAAAACAUUUAGUAAAAACAGGGCUCUGUGCGCCUCUUCUAGCAAAAUGCAGCUACAUCAGGGGAUUCUCAGCUUGAGGACGGUACACUUUCAGAGGACAAAAAGGGAAUAGAGCACAUUGGAUUCAAUCACAACCUGCAACUGUGCAAACAGGCCAAGGUUUUGACACUAUUAUGUCAAAGUUUCAACACAUUUGUGUACCAGAUGAAGACGCGUGUUGAAACUUUUGUCUGUUUGCACUGUUAAAGGCUGUGACAAAAUCUGUAUGCUCCAGUCCUUGUCUGUCCACUCGAAGCCCGUAGUAUAACCUCUUUGUCUCAAAUAGUUUUUUUUAAGAACUUAAUUGUAUAAUGGAAAUGGAGAUACAUUGAGUUUUCCUUGUUUGCAUGGCACAAAGACUGACUUUCUCUUCAUACAGCUGUUAAAAAGCAGUUUGUUAAAAAACAAAGAGUAUCAAAAGUGUUUUGUUUACUACGGCAUGGCUGAUCCAAACUGUAUUUUUUUAACUGUUUACAUUGUGUGGCCUUAUUUCAGUGCAACUAAUCUAUCUUUGCUCGCCAGCGCACCAAUAAAAGUUUACAGAUGAGGAAAACCA